GCCUGCCCCGGUUGGUUCAUGUCUGAUAACGCAAGCAGUCGUAUGGAGGAAACCCAACUGCAUACGACUCCAACAUUGGUACAGGCGUAAAGAGGAGGAGGCCGAUGCUCCUCGGGCCUCGGAGGGUACCAGUGUCGUCGGGUCUGCUCAACAAGCAGAGCUUGCCCGCACUGCAACUGGAGCAGAGCGCUCGCACGAGGAGAGACCGCGGGAGUAAGGCACGUGGUCGAGUACGCUUAAUACCCUGAGAGCGCGGAUGUUGCGUCUGUUUCAGCACCCCACCACCCGCCUCAUGCACCUCGCCUUGAGCAUUCAUGGGCAGCUGAGCAGCUCCUCUCCCCCUCUCGCAUUGUAACCAACCGCUCCAACUCACACUUCCUCUUCCGCCAUCGACGAGGUCUUCACUUGGCCACAAACCACUUGUCAUGGCCAUUCUUGUUGUCCUCGCGACCGUGGUCGGCGUGGCCAACGCCCUCGCUCCCAACUUCACACUUUCUUGGGGUGUCCGGGUAACGAGCCCACUAUUCUCGCGAGACCCCGCAGACAGCUGGAUCGACACGUACGCCAACUCGGACGACUCUCUAUACACAACUGGCGUGCGAGGUGCAGGCAUUCCGACACUCGUAGGAGGUCCUGGCGGCCGUGUUUCGUUCGCAUACGUCGGCCGCAAUAUGACUUGGUAUGCUUACUUUAACGGGUCCGACCCAGGCCAAGUCACGAUAGACCUGGAUGGUAAUGCACAGCCAUCACCGCGAAACACCUUUCAAGACGGGGACUACCAACGCCUUGUGGGUCCGAGCAACGUGGACGUAGCGGAGGGAUCGCACACCUCCUCAAUCGGUCUAGGAAACGGCGCCCCGGCUGACGCCCGUCUCCUCGUCGAGGGCGCAACAUUUGGGCUUCCCAUUGUCGCACCGACCCUGGACCGCAAAGACAUCGAAUGUUGGCGAUGGCCAUUUGCCGGCAUGAUUGCACCGGGAACGUCGAACCAGUUCAUCAAGACCACUGGUCCUUGGCGUAUCAGCCACUCCAUCGGCGGUAUUGGCGGGCAGCCUGUGAUUCCCUACCCCACCAUCUGGGCCAAUGAGUCAGCAUCAGUGCAGGUAACCCUCCCAGCGUCGAGUACAAUGCUAGAAAUCAACGGAACGGUAGGCCCCGGCUAUGGCAGAUACACGGUCGAAGUGAACCCGCCGCCACCCCAACUUCUGGGUACGAAUACCUUUGAUGCUCACCGCCGAUACGUGGCACUCAACGAGACCAUGUAUAUCAACUCAUUAGACCCCGCCGUCAACUACACUUUCACCAUUACAGGGGACGAAGAUCCGACCAAAAUUCUGGGACUUGUUGCCUGGAAAGCCUGCUUUCUCCACAACCCCGAGUUUGUCGUCCGUGCAGGGGCUGGCGGGAGCAAUGCGAGCAGCACUGCGGCCGGUGGCAGUGACAACGCAGGAAUCUCGGUAGUCGUCUCGAGUGGGAGCUCGCAACCUACCAGUACAGGAAAUUCGGAGGCUGGUGCUGGUGCUUCCUCUGCGGGUACCAAGACCAACAUUGGUGCCAUCGCUGGCGGCGUGGUCGGAGGGUUGUUGGGCGCUGGCUUGCUUGCUGCGGUGAUCUUCUUCCUGUGCAGGCGCCGUAGACAGCGACAUAAGGCGAGCACAGAACCGUUUGUUAUCGAUGUCACCGAAGACGCCGUGACACCGUUCAAGCCGGAUACCUACCGAGAUGGGCCGAAUAACCAGCAACACCAGAUGGCCUACGCUUCCCUUCUGCCACACAACCAGCACCAUGACGGCCGGUUAUCGCGCGAGUAUAGCCCUUACGCGGGGCGCGAGCAUGGAUACUCAGCCGGCAGUGCAACCUCGGGGCCUUCGUCGCAGGAAUACCAGGUCCAAGCACAGGAGAAGCACCGGCAGCAAACAGUCACAGUGAAUCCCGAUGAGCCAAUGAAUGAGGAGACAGUGCAGGUGCUCCUUAAUGCGCUUCAGAAGCAUCGACAGUCCUCUGGCUUACCGCUAGAGGAGGACGCGGGGCCUGCACUCGACGUCCGCCUGAUGCCUCCGAUGUACAACCCUAUGUGGGCGCCGCCCGCGCCGCAAGUGGAAACAUCUGCGGCGGGAUCGUCCAUCCCCCCCAACACAUCAGAGUACCCGAGCGGGACGACUUCCCCCACCUCGCGACCCAAGUGGCACUAGCUAGUAAAUUUUCAUCUGUGAGACUGUCUCUGUAGUCUUUUCGCGACCGGAUGAAUCCCGUCAUUCCAACAUCAAGAAUGGCCUGUCCGC